CUCGAUGGGAGCUCCUUCGGUGUUUUUUUCCCCCUAAAAACAAUGUUUUUCCUACAGUUUUCGACCGCGCGAGACUGUUCUGUGCGCGGCUCGUGAUCGGAACCACCGGGUGUGUUCGUGAGGAGAACACAGAGAACAAGGAAAACACGCUUUGGCAGCAUCGGAUGCCUCAAUGAACCCUGCGCGCCGUGCGCCAGGGGGCGAUGCCGGCCCUGCCGGGCCUGUGGGCGGGAGUUGGUGGCGUGACCAGACAGGGACGGGUGCGGCAUGGCUCCACCUGCCGGGCGGGGAGAACGACACAGCGGGGCCCAUUCGCUGUCACUUCCGGCCCUACGGCAGCUGGCGGGGGUCAAGCCGCGGACGGAGGCGCUGUCUGAGUGCGUCACUGCGCGUGGGCGUCACUUCCGGCUGGCGGCGGCGGGAGAGCCAUGCCCAAGUUUUACUGUGAUUACUGUGACACGUACCUCACCCAUGACUCGCCCUCGGUGAGAAAAACCCACUGCAGUGGCCGGAAGCACAAGGAGAACGUGAAGGAUUAUUACCAGAAAUGGAUGGAGGAGCAAGCCCAGAGCCUGAUUGACAAAACAACGGCUGCAUUCCAGCAAGGGAAAAUUCCACCGACCCCGUUCUCGGCACCACCUCCAGCCGGAGCCAUGAUUCCACCUCCUCCCAGCAUCCCUGGCCCCCCCCGGCCCGGCAUGAUGCCAGCCCCACACAUGGGGGGGCCCCCGAUGAUGCCAAUGAUGGGCCCACCACCCCCGGGAAUGAUGCCAGUCGGACCUGCUCCUGGGAUGAGGCCGCCCAUGGGAGGACACAUGCCAAUGAUGCCAGGGCCCCCAAUGAUGAGGCCCCCCUCCAGACCCAUGAUGGUGCCAACCAGGCCGGGAAUGACCCGUCCAGACAGAUAAAGAUGGAGAUGGAGCUGCCUUUUCAUAUUAGGACCUUCCCUAUGAUAAAUACCACAGACCUGUGUCCCUGGGGCUUUGUACUCAUUGUGUGGACUCUGCUGUCACCUCAGUGUGUGCAUGGACACAGCCGGCACUGACUUGUAUGAGGUCUAGCUUUUUAGGUGUCUCUUCAAUUGUAUUAUUAUUUCCCCCCUCCACCACUGAAUGAUAAAAACAAGAAUAAAGCAUUGGUGUUGUUUCCAUAUGGA